GCUGGGAGCAUCAUCUUCUGUCCGUUGUCAGUUCAGUUCAGUUCUCUGAGUUGAGAGAGCGAGAGAGACUGACGAGAAAGCUCUUCGACCUCGCUUCGCUUCGCCAUGGAUUAUUUGAAGACGGCGAUUCCUUCGCAGCUCAUCUCGGAGAGAGGCUCCAAUCUCGUCGUCAUCAACCCUGGUUCUGCGAACAUCAGAGUGGGCCUCGCUCAGCAGGACGCGCCUUUCACCGCCCCUCAUUGCAUCGCCCGGUGCACCAGCCAGGUGCCCAAGCGAAACGUGCAAGAUCAGAUGCUCAAUUCUCAAGUUACGACGGCACAACACAUGGAGCGAGAGAAGGCUUAUGAUAUUAUAGCAUCAUUGUUGAAAAUUCCGUUCUUGGAUGAGGAGGUCACGAACAGCAGCUCUUUCCAGCGCAAGAUGGGACGUGUUGACGCUUAUAAUCCACAGAAUGGUAGGAAAGAUUCAGUCUUUUCUUGGACGGAUGUGUAUGAGAGGCAAAGUUCGACUCUGGUAGCAGAUAGCUUAGAGGAUAAAGACUUGCCUAGUACUUCGUUGGCCCAACGUGAGGGAGGGCAUAUGGACUUAGGUCAACGUAAAUACAGACCGUUCAUUUGUGGUGAGGAAUCUCUGAAAAUAUCACCCACAGAGCCUUACUGCUUCCGCCGUCCUAUCCGAAGAGGUCAUUUUAACAUUUCGCAAGACUAUCCUGUGCAGCAGGUGUAUGAGGAUUUGCAUACUCUCUGGGACUGGAUGUUGGUGGAGAAAUUGCAUAUACCCCAAUCUGAAAGGAAUAUGUAUUCUGCCGUUCUUGUAGUGCCAGAGACAUUUGACAAUCGCGAAAUUAAGGAAGUGCUUUCUAUAGUGUUGCGGGAUUUGCAAUUUAGCUCAGCUGUGGUACACCAGGAAGGUCUUGCUGCAGCUUUUGGGAAUGGUUUGUCAACUGCAUGCAUUGUAAAUAUUGGAGCUCAGGUGACAUCAGUCAUAUGCAUUGAGGAUGGAGUGUCUCUACCUACCUCCGAGAAGACAUUGCCAUUUGGUGGAGAGGAUAUAUCCAGAUGCCUCUUAUGGACCCAGAGGCAUCAUCAAACUUGGCCUCAAGUUCGCACAGACAUGUUGACCAAACCUAUAGACAUGUUGAUGCUAAAUGAACUGAAAGAAUCCUACUGUUACAUCCAAGAGGGGGAGGUUGAUGCUGUGGCAGUUGUUCAGUCAUAUGAGGACGGGAUGCCAGCUGCGUCUCAUAGGACGAGGCUUACUGCUCUCAAUGUACCUCCUAUGGGUUUGUUUUAUCCGACGCUUUUGGUCCCAGAUGUAUAUCCUCCACCACCUCGUUCUUGGUUUAAUGAUUAUGAGGAUAUGCUAGAAGAAACAUGGCAUUUCGAUUAUCCCAGACGACCAGACAUGGUGGAUAGUCUGUAUCCUGGUUUUAACAUUGGAUUGCCCAUGUGGGACAGCUAUCCGAUGUUUCAGACAAAACCUAAGAAGGAAGAGAAGGUUGGCCUUGCUGAAGCAAUCACUAGUAGUAUUCUUUCAACUGGGCGUAUCGAUCUCAAGAGAAAACUGUUCUGUAGCAUACAGCUGAUCGGUGGAGUAGCUCUGACUGAGGGUCUCAUUCCUGCUGUGGAGGAUAGGGUAUUGCAUGCAAUUCCUUCAAAUGAAGCAAUUGAUACAGUCGAGGUUUUGCAAUCAAGAACGCACCCUACUUUUGUGUCAUGGAAAGGUGGAGCGAUUUUAGGAAUUCUUGAUAUUGGCCGAGAUGCUUGGAUACAUCGAAUGGACUGGAUUCACAAUGGAGUCCAUGUUGGUAUCGGCAGGAAGUACAAGGACUCUUAUUAUGUCCAAGCACAAGCGACAUGUUACAUAAACUCUUGAAAGGCAGCACCAGAUGUUGGAGUUUUAAAUCAUUUUCACUUGUGCAGCAGUUGCAGCCGGUGGUUUCCCCUUCUACGAGUUCUAUGGGACGAGUUGCAAGCCUGUUAAGAAUUGCAAGUGUCCGGUGUCUCAUCCAAACGAUUGCAUAACGGCGGGGUGGUUAUAACUGUUGCAUUUCAUUCCUUCGACUUCAGGUUUCUUAUCAUAGUUUGUACAUCCUAAUUAAUAUGGCUUCUUGUUGAUAGUCGAGGUGGAUCCGAAGUCGGGCUGGUUUUUUGGGACAAGGAAAGCUAGUGCUUCUUCUAUGGCAAUAUCAGGCGGCUGGAAGGGUACUUGGUGAUACUGAUAGAUUGCAUUGCUCUCCUACUUCUUUUACCUUUAGACUACCUUGUUGCCCUAGGCAACAGUGGAUCUUCAAAAGC